AUGGCACGCACCGAGGCCAGCGUCAGCAGCGUGCUCUCCCUCGUCGCCGCCCCGGUCCCCGCCGAGCCGCUGUCACCGCCCCACCUCCCCCUCGAGCUGGUGUUACACAUCAUAUCCCUCCUCGACCCUACGCACCCGGCCCAGCGGCACACGCUCGCGCUCUUCGCCGCGUCGUCGCACCAGUGCCGCGUCGUAGCCGAGCGCACGCUGUACCGCAAGCUGUCCCUAGACGGGCGGGACAUGCUCUCCCUCGCGGACGCCGACGCGGCCGUCCUCGCCGCGCGCCGAUGCAAGCUGGCGACUACGCGCUUCGUGCGCAUCGUCGCGCCGCUCUCCUUGGAACAGCUGCACGCGCUGUAUACUCUUGCGCGGGACGGGAACGGUCACCUCCCCUCUGCGCUGUUUGCCGGCGCCACCGACGUGCAUCUGGCGGACACGCGCCAAGUGCUCGCGGCGCGCCAGGCCCGGCCGGGGUCCAUACCCCCCGCCGAUGUCCUGCUGUUCACCUCGCCGCGUAUCUGUGUGGACGGCGCGGCGAGCCACACGCUGCUGAAGUACUUGCCCUGCCUGCACCCGCUGCACAUCACCUCCCACCUCCCCCUCUCGGCGUCGCCGAACGCGCUGCAGGACCUCGUGCCGACGUGGGAAACGUACACCGUGUUCGACGACUGCGCGCCGUCCGACCACGAACCGCAGUCGCGCUCCGUCAAGUUCAUGUCGCGGAUCGUUGCGGCGACGCGACGCGAUCUGAGCCCCAUCGAGCUCAGGUGGCGCGCGCAGCCUCGCACGGCGGCGCGUCUCGCGAAGGAGUGGCAUGACGGGGGUCCGGGGUUCACGUUACGCUUCUACACCGCCGCCGAGGUGGCACAGGCCGCCGACGGGUGCACAGUGUGCGGUGAGUGCUCGGUUCGGUGCGUGCUGACUGAAGGCAUGACCUGGGCUGCGGAGAGACCCUUGUGGUGGCAGGCGACCGCGCAGGACGGCGCUGCGUGGUCUGGUCCGCCGCCGGUGACCGUCGGGCGCGCGCAGUUCGCGGAGCGGGUGGCCAAGUGGUCCGCUUGGGGGAUGGAAUGA